CACAAAUUAUCAACAUCAGUUGUUUUUUACUUAUUAGCAAGUAGUAGUAGAAAUAAGUUAGUUUGCUUUUUUUAUAAGCAAAAUCAGAGCUCAACUCUCACACAAUGCAAAUAUUUCAAUUCAAGAUACAGUAAGUUACAGCAACACAUCUAACAAAAAAAAUGUCUCAUUUGUCUCCAAAUAAUUCCAUUUUACUGACCAGGUACAUGGAAAUCUGCCAGGCGCAUGAGGUGCCGCCUAGCUCAGCUGUUGUAUCAUGGUUGAAGAAGGCAAUGGUUCAAAAGGUCACAUGCCAAAAAUGUACGAUAGUGAUUUUACUAGACCAGCUUACAAAUGCUGACUUAUUUCCCCUCACCGAUCUUUUCCACUCAUAUGAUUCAAAUAUUAUCGACGCUGUUGACCUACUGCAUGAAUCAAGUGGUGACUUAAGUGAAUAUCCUGUGUUGUCCUUGAUGCAUGCCAUCAACACCAGGCUUCACGUAGUUGAUAUCCGGGAUAUGCCAUUAAAGGAUGUCUUGAGGGAUCUUUUUGAGACCGGUCUGGACUGCCGAGUUUUGAACAUAAGGUCCACUGAGAUUCAAAAGCUCAAUAUGGCGGGGAGAUUUAUGCAUAUGCACACCCUUAAUCUGGACUUUUGCACUUCACUUAGUAGCAUGGAGAAGGAUUGCUUUAGUUACAUGCCUAAUUUAAUCCGUCUAUCAAUGUGUGCCACACGAGUAUCCAAUCUUUGGACAACUGCUGCUGCUUUGUCAAAACUUCCUUCAUUGCUAGAACUACGCUUUCAAAACUGUUUGUGUUGCAAGGACACUGCCCCAUGCCAUUUGAAAGAGAUCUCUGAUGAAAAUACCUCCAAAGCUUCAAGUGAUACUUUUAUUGAGGGUUCGUUUGGUAAAUUGUACAUUGAUGAACAAGAAAGUGGUUUUGUUCAUGCUUCUACUGCUUCACAGAAGUACAACUCGCAUCAUCCUUCUCCGAUAUGUUUUCAAAAGCAUUAUAGGGAAUACAUGAUUGCGUCAGUUCCUAGGUUAGGAGUCCUGGAUAAUUGCCGCAUAGGAAAAUUUGAUAGAGAAAGAGCCAAGACUGUCUUCUCAACAUACUAUGAGUUAUUACCAAAUAAACGACAGCACAAAGAGAGCAUCCUUAGUGUAUUGCAUAUGCGUGAAACAGGAACGAGUAGUAUACUCAACCCAAAGUCUUUGAGGUCAAAGGUUCCAUCACUACAUCAGAAAAGUCAAAGUUUCUAUUCAAGGUCUCUCUGUGCUGCUAAACUUGGUUCAUCUGCAUGGCCUGUUUUACACCCAAUAUCAAAUAUUAGCCAAAUACCAAACGAAGGAGGGAAUGUCCUUAGACCAAGACAGUUUGAGUAUCACCAAACUGACCCCAGCCUAAUGGCUUUUGGCACUCUAGAAGGAGAGGUAGUGGUCAUCAAUCACGAGACUGGCAAUCUUGUUAAUUAUGUGCCAUCUUUUGAUACACAUAAGAGUGUUUUGGGACUCUGUUGGCUUAAGAGAUACCCAUCCAAGCUAGUAGUUGGUUAUGACAACGGAUCCCUGAGAUUGUAUGACGUCAAUGACAAACUUCUAGACGUUUCAGAUAAUUAUUGCAGUUCUACUGGUGUUGCUUUUGAUGACUUUCAGCACUUGACUUCGGUUCAUGUCAACGCAACAGACGAUCAAAUUCUGACAAGUGGUUACUCAAAGAAAGUUGCUGUCUAUGAUAUCUCCACGGGCAAACGUUUGCAUUUGUUCACUGAUAUGCAUCGUGAACCCAUCAAUGUGGCUAAAUUUUCUCAUCAUUCUCCCUCUCUUUUUGUUACUUCAUCAUUUGAUCAUGAUGUCAAAAUGUGGGACUUGAGAGCAAAACCACUAAAUCCAUGCUACACAACUUCAAGUUCAAGCGGAAAUGUGAUGGUUUGCUUCUCUCCUGAUGAUCUUUAUUUGCUUGUAUCAGCCGUGGACAAUGAGGUGAAACAGCUUAUGGCUGUAGAUGGGAGGCUUCAUACAGAUUUUGAUAUAGCUCCCACUGGAAAUACUCAAAAUUACACUCGCUCAUAUUAUAUGAAUGGGAGAGACUAUAUAAUUAGCGGGAGUUGUGACGAACCUGUUGUUCGUGUUUGUUGUGCUCAAACUGGAAGACGACUCAGGGAUGUAUACUUGGAGGGUCAAAAUGCGAGGAGCCUGAUGUUUGUGCAGUCUCUAAGAGGAGAUCCAUUUAGACAUUUUCACAUGGCCAUCUUAGCGGCAUAUGUGCGCCCUAGCUCUAAGUGGGAGAUCAUAAAGGUUAAUUUGCUUUCUUCGGAUCAAAGUUCUUCUGAGUAUCAAAAAGGCCAACAUCUCUGCCCUUCCUAUAGGCUUGGAACUUAGAUUUGACCCGUUUUGUGGUAAAGCCUUCUUCCUGUUUAAAAUGACCACACCAGAUGCAACAAAAUGCAACACACGUUACAUUAAUUGCAAGAGUGGCCUAAUCAAGUUGGGUUUGGUAUUUUAUUAUAAUAUCCGAUAUAUAUGUAGUAUGUAAGUAUCAGAAAUUUUAUAAGGUUGUACAAAUCAGCGUUGAGUAAAUAUGUAUGAGUAACUCCAGUUUUCUACGGGUUAUGGUAAAUGUUGUACCGGAAAGUGGAAACCCCUUGUGACGUGUAUUUUGUGUGUAUUAUAUCAUGAUUGAAUGUCAAGAGUCUUAA